UGUGACACAUUUUCACCUUUUGCAGUCGUUCUCACCUGAGUGGAGGAAGCAUCUGGCAGACAUGAAGACGUUUUUGUCCGUGGCCGUGCUGCUGAUGCUGCUGUGGGCCUCCUGCAGCCACGCCAGCGACACUUCAGCGGGGUCACAGAACGCCACGGAGGAAGUCCAGGAGGGCGUGGAAGUAGAAGCCCUGGAGGAAGUGGAAGAAGAAGCCAAGGAGGAGAAGACCACGGAGAUCAAGGAGGAGCGAGACGUGAUGGUUCUUCACGCCAUCAACUUCGCCACUGCACUCAACCAGACCAAGUUUUUACUGGUGGAAUUCUAUGCUCCAUGGUGCGGUCACUGCAGGAAGCUAGCACCGAUCUACGCCACAGCCGCAAAGCAGCUGAAGGUGGACGAAGCAGACAUACGUUUGGCCAAAGUGGACGUCACCGAGGAGACGGAGCUGGGCGAAGAGUUUGGCAUCGCCAGCUUCCCCGUCUUGAGACUUUUCCUCAACGGCGACCGCCAGCAGCCCGUCGACUUCACCGGUAAGAGGACAGUCUCAGGAAUUGUCCAGUGGUUGAAGCGUCGAACAGGACCUGGCGCUGCGGUACUCGACUCCGCUAAGUCCGCCGCCCAUUUCAUCGACGCCCACAACGUCUCUGUCGUCGGAUUCUUCCACAGUCCGGAAAGCGAUGCUGCUAAGGAGUUCUCCGAGUUCGUCACAGAGAUGGUUAGCACGGAGUUUGGCAUCACCACGUCUCCGGAGGUUUUCCAGAAAUACGAGUUGAAAAGUGAGACGGUGGUUCUCUUCAAGAAGUUUGACGAAGGCAGAACAGACUUCGCCCUGUCCGAAGACGGCAAGUUUAACAAAAGCGAACUGACCACUUUCAUCACAGACAACAGCCUGGAGCUCAUCAUUCCCUUCAAUCAGGAGACAGGAGAGAAUAUCUUCACUUCUAGUAUUCGCUUUCACUGCUUGCUCUUCAUUAACUCCACCAUGGACAGCCACAUUGAGCUGGUGGACCAAGUCAGGACCAUCGCCAAGAGCCUAAAGGGAAAGAUGCUGUUCAUCACGAUCGACGUGUCAGCACAGCUGUCGUUCGUGUUAAACUAUUUUGGCGUGUCGGCGGACGAAGCCCCCACGGUCCGCCUCGUCAACAUGAACACGGGGCAGAAGUUCAUAGCUGAUGGGAAGGAUUUUAUGAGCGUGCUGCCGAGCUUGUGUCAGCAGGUCAUUGAUGGCACGGCCAAGCCUCACUAUCGCAGCCAAGACAUCCCUGAGGACUGGGAUAAAGAACCUGUUAAAGUCCUGGUGGGGAAGAAUUUUGAUUCAGUCGCUCUGGACCCGACCAAGAACGUCUUUGUGGAGUUUUACGCUCCAUGGUGCGGACACUGCAAGCAGCUGACGCCCAUCUGGGAACAGCUGGCCGAGACUUACGCCGAGCGCGACGACAUCGUCAUCGCCAAGAUGGAUGCCACCGUCAACGAGUUGGAGUCUUUCAAAGUCACCGGAUUCCCCACGCUCAAAUACUACCCGGCUGGCGGAAAAGAUGUGGUGGACUAUGUGGGAAAACGGGAUCUGGAGACAUUGACCAAGUUUCUGGACAACGGAGGAGUUUUGCCUGAGGAAGACGACGACACAGACGACGACACAGACGACGACACGGACGAUGAUGAUAAUGAGGAUGGAGAUGAUAAGGAUGACAAGGAUGAAGAUGGUGGAUCGGAAGCGGAGGACGAAGCCAAAAACAAGCCGCCCAAGAAUAUUGAGCUGUGAUUACUUUUUGCUGUUUUUUUCAUCAAAAAAUUCCACCCCAGGUACAACACCACCAAAAACAACUAAAAGAAAAUCUGUGACUACUUGAAGUCCGAAAUUGACAUCGAUAUUUGUUGUUGUUGUCUUUUUUUUCUUUUCGGAGUUUAACAAAAAAAAAAUAGCAAUGACAUCACGGAAGAGUAUCAGGGAAAGCAAAAAGCAAAAGUGUGACGAUAACCAUAGAACAGGAAAUGGACACAAGGACACCGCCUGGCUGCUCAGUACAAUAUGAACAAUACAAAUGGAAUAAAUAAGUCAAAACCUAGUACUGUCAAUAAUAACGUGUUAACGCAUGCGAUUAAUCGUAAUUUUUUUUUCGCAUUCAUCAUUCAGGUAAAAUAUUAAGAAAAAAGUUCCUUGAAAGUUUGUAUUCCUGCUGUAGGAGCACUUGCAUUCAAACGAGGAGCUACAUUCCAUAUCUAGAUACCAGUUACACCCAUUAAUAACAACUGGCGGAUUGUUACGGUCAUGGUUUGAUCGUCAAAGAUGUUUGGUAACGUAAUGUGUGAUAUUGCUACCUGAAUAAAUGCUUUUGAUAUUGUGUACAUUACAUGUUGUACAAGUUAAUGAUAUUCAUAUCUCUGCAAGACAAUGUUUUAACCUUCUCUAUUUAUGAAUAAAAUGUAAUAUCAUUGGGGUUUGUGAAACCCUUUGAGGCAUUUGUGAUUAAGGGCUGUAUAAGUAAACUUUGAUAGAUUGACUUUGAUUGAUAAUAUUCAGCCUGCUAAACGUUCUGUAAUUGCUGACUCAACCAGAACCGGUUCUUAAAGAAUUUAAACCAUUCCUCAACUGAUGCACCAGCAUUUAUUUAGGUGCAAAUAUCACAGAAUUACUUUACAUUACAUCUUUGACAAAGCAUGAUUUAAGACAUUUUUAUUUUUGUCGUAAUUAAAACGGAUGUAUAGCAUAGCGCUUUUAUUUUGAAGUUUAAUGUCGGACCUGACUUUUUGCAAUAAAAAAAAAAAAAAAGUCUGCUUUCGA